CUGUCUUCAAGUGGGGUCAUUAAUUCGACCUCUGUCGGACCGAUAACUCCACCCAGUGUGGAAUCUGCAAAUGGAAACCAGUCCCAUGAUGAGCAUGUCUCAAACUCAGAAUCUGAGUCCCAAGCAAACCAAUCUGAACCAACGUGUGCCAUUCGAGAGCUGUACAAUCUGAUUCAUAACUUGAAGUUGCAAUUGGAUAAUGUCAAGUUCACGGAGCAUUCAUUUGUUGAAAUGGUCAAUCGAAGCCUGUCCACCGCGGGUAUCAACGCAUCGUUCCAGCUCUCGCCGCAGAAAACACGAGCCUCGUUGAUGUUAAAGUCCAUGUCAGCACUGCCAAAUGAUUCGAUAUUAUCCGGACGAGGAUUACCUCAUCCACAUUCAGGGUCAUCCGAAGUUUCCAAAGCGAAUGCGACUUACGGUGGAGCAGAUACAUUGCUCGACAACUUAAAUACAAGUUUGCAACCGACAGUGGACCGAUCCGUGCUGUCUGUUAGUGGAUUGAAUUUAACCGUGGCCGAACUUCGUAUGUGUCCCGUCUCGCCGAACGUGAAUACACUGUCACCAAAAACGCAAUCGGCUCUGACUUCCCCACGCGGCCCAUCGCUACAACCCAGUCGCCUUCCUAAGGCUCGUGGGAAGCAGUCUAACUUGGUGGGUUCAGCGAGCAUUUGCGAAGGCACUAUCCAACAACGCACAGCUCAUAUCCAGCCGCUUAGCGUGAGCUUUACAACGGGCGAGGACGCUGAGCGUGAUUGGUCUCGAUGCGAUAUGGUCCCACAGCAUUCAGCUAUUGGUGAUUUGACCAUGGUCGAAUGGCAAAACAGAGAACUAUUCGAACGUCUCUCGCAGGCGGUAUGUUUUCUCCCGUUGGCUUUCGUGCAAUUUGGUCCUUCAUCUUCCGUUAAGAUGAACGAAAUGCGCACUUAG